AUGAAAGUUCAUCUCAAGAUACAUGGCUCAAAAGAUACGGCCCGCGCCAAUUCUGGAAGGAAGAAAAUGGCUUACGAGGUCGUCUGCAUCAAAUCUGACAAACCACGAGUCCCAGAGUACAAGUUCCACCAUGUGGAGAUCUCGAGGAAUAUCCUGACCCCGAACACCAUGCUAAAAUUCAUCCCCCACCUGCGUGACAUGAAAGACAACGAGGAGGAGCGCUAUUCGAGGUGGAUCAAGGAACUUGAGGCUAUGGACGCCCAGUCCGGAUUCAACGUGACGUCUCUCAAUAGGGGCGACAAGAUGAGGAAGCGACUUAAGGAAGAAAUCGCCGCCGAGAUCUCCCUCUACAUCGAUCGCUGGACUGCAAAACUCGGCUUGGACAAUUGCAGCAAAUCCUCCCUCGUCCGCUACAUGGCUACACAACCUGAACACAACGACAAGAUGACACCGCAACAAAAGAACACCAUUAUCAACAAGCUCGAUGAGGUCAGCUCUCCACGGGCCACUAAGACGGCAAAGAUGUUCACGGAGGCUUUCAACCACUUAUGGAAGCACACCGAGCUCACGCUGAAAGAUGUGCUCGCCCAUGACGAGACUGUGGAGGCAGUCGUCGAGAACAAAAAGCUAGUCAAGGACGAAAAGCCAGAGGCCAAAUCAAAGGUGGCAGAGCGCCUCUUGGAAAUGGUCGAAAGCAACUUGCUUACCUACACUAUCUUGGGCUGUUUAUACUGCUACUCCCACUCGUGCGAGCAUGGCGAGUAUGACCGAAGAUUCGGUGGCUUGAUGAGACAGAACAUGGCCAAGCACCUGCGGGACCCUCAGAGUUCUGCAGGCAGAUCACCCACUCGGUGUCGGAAUCUCUGUUGGCAGGAUUAUCGAUCUGGCAACCUCCAGCUUGGGUUGGACAAGUACGAAUCACUGUACGAGCUCGCGAGUCCUGAUCCUGAUCCACCAAAGGUCAAGCCGUUGCCCUGGUACGAUCGCCACCGGAAAGAACUGAAACAGGAUUGGCAAGAUCACCUGAAUGCGCACGAGUUCACUCGCCGUGAGGUUAAGGAUCCUUGCACCCACAGUGGACCGUGUGGCAAGGGUUGCCCAUGUGUUGAUGCAAAACUUCUGUGCUGUGGCGCUUUCGAUCGGGCAGACCCCAAGAACGCCCACGACAACGAUCUGCACUCAUAUGGCUGCCAAAAUGUGGCUCUACAGCGUGGCGUCUCCAAGACUGUCUUGCUUGGCGAGUCUCAAAUCGAAGGCUGCGGGUAUGGACUCUUCACAGCAGAAGACAUCGCCCAGGAUGAGUUCGUUAUUGAAUACCUAGGGGAGUUGAUCUCGCACGACGAGGGUGUCCGUCGAGAAGCACGACGCGGCGACGUUUUCGACGACUCUAAACACAGCAGCUACUUGUUCACGCUCCUGGACUACGAAGGUAUCUGGGUCGACGCCGCCAUAUAUGGCAAUCUGAGCCGUUACAUCAACCACGCGUCUGAGUACGACAAGGUAGGAAAGAAACUGGUCAACAUUGUGCCGCAGAUCUUGUUCGUGAAUGGAGAUUAUCGCAUCAAGUUCAAGGCCCAGCGGGACAUCAAGGCGGGCGAGGAGCUUUUCUUCAACUACGGAGAGAACUUCCCCAACCUAACCAAGAAACUUCUCGACUCUAAAGAUGAAGAGAACCAACCGAAACGUGGCGGAACUGUUAGAGGACGUGGCGGCCGCGGCCGCGGCGGUCGGGGCAGAGGGCGAGGCAGUCUAAAGAUUACUACCACCGGAACCAAGAAGGCGCCUAGAGCCACUCUGGAGGAGGAAGAUGAGGUUUCAUCAGUCGAGCCCGUCGUCAUAGACGACCCAGACAACGAAGACGAUGGGGACUUCCGGCCGGGACGGUCAUACAAGCCCAGGAGGGCUGGGACUGUCUUGGGAGACUUCACCACGAAGCGUGCCCGGUCCAAACGCGCCGUGAACGGCAUUUCCUUGCAAGGCAAACGCGGCGGAGAGAAGGGCGUGAGGGGGACGCUGUCGCCUGACGGUACUGAAAUUACUUCUGAAAAGGACACUGUUGAGGAGAGCCAUCGUAGCCCUGACGUCGAGCACUCUGGUCGGAAUGCCGCAGCAAAGAAGGGCCCUCGCAGACAAAUCACGAGGCGCAAGGAUGUCCGGAAUACUGCGGACCCCUCAGCAGAGACAUUGCUCAACAGACAGAGAUUCAACGAGGGUCUGCGGCGGGGCCUUCUACAGGCUGCAACAAAUAAUUCACCUCUGCCAGAUUGGCUGCGUCAGCGCAAACAAUACGAUCGUGCCGGCGAAUUCUACGCGCGUCUGAAGCCAGAGCUUGUCAGCCCUCGACGACGUGAUCAUGCUAAAAUCAAGCGCAUGCUCGCCGAACUCAAUUCUUCGCAACAGCAAGGUGGGGAACAUCAUGGUGGAGCCGGCCAAAAAGCAUCUGGACAGGACUCGGGUGAUAUAAUAUCGGCUGAAUGGCCGGCCGAAGCAACGCACCAGCAGUUAACCAGCGUUGGGCGGCACAUUCAACACUCUAUGGACGCCCGCAGCGUUGCUGGCCUCGGCGACUUCGGGGUCCCCUUGAAGACGGAGCCGCUUUCCAGCAAGUGUGACGAGAUCAAGGACUCGGGACGUCAGGGUGCAUGGGCCCCUGCGCAUGAACCUUGCUCUGCUGGAAGGAUGGAACAGGAGAAAAUGGAAGAAGGAGAGGAGCAGGUUGUGGACGAUGAUGAUGAUGAUGACAGUGAUGACGACGUCUUUGUUCGUCGUCGCAACCGGCUGUUGGUCAGGCAACAAAUCGAAGAGGAGCUUUGA